GAAUGGAUCCUGCCGGGUGGUACACUGGGAUCCUCUACACGGUGGCUCUGCUCGCCGUGAUACGAACACGAUGCGGGGUCGAUGGGUGGAAGCUGGAUAAUCGGAACAUUCUCUACACCAAUCAGGAUGUUUCGUACGAGUGUCCCAUCAAUACGAUGUGCCGGUGUGCCAGUUUGCCGAAUGAAACGGCACUGCUCCAGAUCAACUGCAAUGAGGUCUCGCUGUACAAAUUCCCAGAAUUCCUUCACGGAACGAUAAAGCACAUUGAUAUGUCACGAACAUUCAUACACAACGUGGACGACGAGACGUUCCAGGGGCUGCGGCUCGAGUCGCUGAAGCUGGUCGAUAACAAGAUUCAGGACAUUUCCGAGAAGAGUUUCAACUUCAUGCAGCACUCGCUCGUAUCACUGGACAUCUCGGACAAUCAGUUGCAAGGAUUGCCGCUGGAUUCACUGAAAAAUGUCCACACGUUAAGCCGAUUAGUGGCACAGAGAAACAACAUUCACCACCUGGACGGGAACUGGGGUAGCCUGGCGGAUUCGUUGCGGAGUUUGCACAUUUCCGGUAAUUCGAUUUCGGAGCUGUCGCUGUUUUUGCACGAGGACAAACGGUCGAAUCAUACGGUGCCGACAUUUCAGGCAUCGUCUUCGAUUAUCACCGCAAAGCACCAGCUGCAACCACUGCAGACGCCUCCGCUGCCAACGCAAUCCCAGCAGCAGCAACAACAGCAGCAGAAACCGUUUGCCAAGCUGAAAAAAUUAGUGUGGCUGGAUAUCAGCUCCAACAGGAUAGCGCACAUAAGUCCGAAUACUUUUCCGAAAUCGCUGGUGACGAUUGAUUUGUCGAAAAACAUUCUGGGUGCGUUUCCGGCGGCCGUGCUGGAACAUUUGCACGAUUUGAGGAUCCUGUCGCUGAAGGACAACCUGAUCGGGAAGCUGGUGGGAGUGGAGCUGGGAGGGGCGCGGAUCAAAUUUGAAAAGUUGGAUCUGAGUGUAAACCUGAUAGACGAGCUGCCGCCAGGGCUGUUCAACGGAACGGUUCGUGUGAAGGCUAUCAAUUUCGAUAAGAAUUUCAUCCGGGUCAUACCGGUGGAGGCGUUCCGGGAUCUGGGGGUGGUGCACAUGGUGUUGGCAUUCAAUUUUAUUGAAUCGGUCGAUGAUGAAGCGUUUGCCACGUUGGAGCACACGCUGGAGUAUUUGGACCUGGAACGGAACCGGCUGUUGGUGGUACCGAAUGCGAUUAGUAGUUUGAAUAAAUUGCGGUAUCUGUACUUGACAUCAAAUGAACUGACGGCCGUGAAUCGGCUGCCGCCGACGUUGAAAGUGCUGUCAUUGAGUGGCAAUAAUUUUACUUCCAUUCCGGUGGAUGGACUCGCUAAUUGCACGGAGCUGUCCUAUCUGAAUAUGGGCUACAAUAAAAUAGCGGAAAUUGAAGAGAACGAUUUCGUCGGAUGGGGUGCCAAUUUGCAGACACUGCUGCUGAGGAACAAUAAAAUAACCAGCCUCAAUUAUGGGGUUUUCAAUGGACUGGACACGAUUAAGGAGAUUAGUUUGAGCUUCAACGACAUUCACUACGUGCAUCCGAACGUGUUCGAUAAUGUGUCCGGCACGUUGAAGAUCCUGGAGCUCUCGUUCGGCAUCUAUCGGGAGGAAUAUCCAAUGGACGCACUGAGCGUGCUAACCGAGUUAAUGUGGCUUGGGCUCGAUAAUAACAAUCUAAAGGUGAUUCCUGACGAGGCCCUUUCCACUCUGAACCAGCUGACGUACGUGAAUUUUGCAUUCAACCGGAUCACCAUCCUGCCACGUACGGUGUUCCGUUCGGACAUUCACAAAAAUCUCGUCGAAAUUGAUUUAUCAUUCAAUCAGAUUGAAACGCUUCACACCGGCACGUUCGAUAAUCUGGAGCUGAUUCAAAUCAUAAAUUUGUCGUCGAACAAAAUAAAAACCAUCGAGAAAAACAGUUUUUAUGAUUUGCCCUACCUGACGUACGUGGACCUGUCAUUCAAUGGGGUGCAGAACGUGAGCGAAUGUGCGUUCAGUUUCCUGCCGGCGCUGCUCAGUGUGGACCUGAUGUACAACGAGUUGAGCUCGUUCCCGUUGAAAAUGUUCAAGCACGUUUCGAAUGCCACCACCCCCAUGAGGCUGAAUAUUAGCAACAAUGCGAUCGAUAAUUUCGACGGUGAUGUGAACUCUCUGCUCUAUGUCUACUCACUGGACGCCAGCCACAAUCUGCUUCAGGAGGCGGACGUAUUCCAAGCGCUGGCCUACUCCCUCCGCAUCCUCUAUCUCAAUUGGAACAAUUUCACCACGCUCGGAAAUCACGCCUUCGGUGAUUUACAGAUACUGGAAAUUCUCAACCUCGCUCACAACAAUAUAUCAUCAUUAAGACGGCGCAGCUUCGCCGGGUUGGCCAACCUGCAGGAAUUCGAUUUGAGCCACAACAAGAUUGAAGUGCUCCAAAUUGAGCAAUUUUCCCCACUGAAAAAGCUUCGUCUAUUGAAGCUGAACAACAAUCGCCUUCGGGCGGUUCCACGGGAUGCUUUUCUAAACACGCGUAUCGAAUAUUUGGAUCUUUCCAACAACCUGUUCGCGGCCUGGCAGGCAACAGCAUUCGCCGACAUCGGAUUCACCCUUCGCUCUAUCCAGUUUAGCAACAAUCUGCUGGAAUUCCUCGACUCUUACAUGUUCACUAGCACGCAAUUCCUGCUGGAGCUAAACCUUUCCUCUAACCAAAUCAAAAUCAUACCCGACAAUGCCCUAGCCAAUCUGAACAAUCUCACCAUCCUGGAUCUCAGCUGGAACCCCUUCCUGACGGUGAACUUUAAGGAAAUCUUCCUCAACGUCCCACGCCUUCAUGAACUCCACCUCCAGCACGCCGGCCUGUACCGAUUGCCCUCCCUGAUACUGCCUCAGCUUGUCACCAUCGACAUCAGUCACAACCACAUUCAAGAGAUCGAAUCACUCGAAGAACUCUACUACCUCCGAGAAGUCUACGCCAAGGACAAUAAAAUCAACAACAUCACCAACCUGCUCCGCAACCUACCGCAAUCUAUCCGCGUGCUGGAAAUCUCCCGCAACCCCAUCCGAAAGAUCUCCUUCCACGAUUUCGCCCAAAACCGCCGGCUGGAAGAACUCUUCAUCGAGGACAUCAAAAUCACCAAUCCGGACAUCUUCAUUAAACUACACAAUCUGAAAAAACUUCGCAUCAACUCCCAGCACAACUUCUCCGAGCUCAUCUCCAAGCUGCGCGGUCUCCAGGAGCUCUACGUCACCGUGUACGAAGAACACCUCGACGACAGUCUCUUCACGGCCAAAAUGCACACCAUCACCAAGCUGAACCUACUGGAAAUCACCGGCCGCCGGCUGGUGUCGAUCCACCACAAAGCCUUCGUCGGGUUGGCGCGGAACCACGACCUGAAGCUGCGGAUACGAAACACCCUGGUGAACGACCUUCCGCCGGGCAUAUUCUACGCCCUCAAGUACAUCCCCCGGCUCAGCAUCGACCUGUCGGAUAACCUGCUGGCGGCGCUGGCGCCCGAUAGCUUCUAUCCGAAUGCGAGCUCCUGGGACGCGGUGGGGACCCGGAGCGUCAUCGGCGGUCUGGACAUCAGCAACAAUCCGAUGCAGUGCGACUGCGGCCUGGUGUGGCUGGGGCACUGGCUGAGGCGGUGGCUCCGGGAAACGACCCAGGUCAACCCGAUCCAGAAGGACGAGAUGCGCAAGAUGGUUCGGCGGGCGAAGCGAAGCACCUGCACGGAUCCGCAGACCGGUCGGCGGUUACCCUUCCUGGAGAUGUUCCCGGAGGAUUUGCUGUGCCACGCGAGUGCCCUCAGCAGUUUGGCGCUCAAGUUGCGCUUCCGGUUUAUGAUCAUCUGCCUGAACGUGCUGCUAAUAGUCGUACAUAAAUCUAGGAUUCUGAUAUUUUAAUGCUCGUCCGGACGGUGCAGGCAGAUCCGGCAUUCCGGCACUACUGGGAUUCGUUGAGCAUUUCGUAUUUAUUUCUUCUGUUUCACGACCGCAGUAAUUUCCUACCGGUGGUCUGGAGGUGAGGGAAUUAGUUAUCCUACCACAAUUUACCAGAAACUCAGUAUGGUGGUCGAAGGUAAGAAUGAGCGAGAAUGAGGUUCUAGUCUGUAAGCGAAGAAACAGUAUGUGUAUAGCUCUAUUUCUGAAUCCUGCAAUAUUGGAAGCGAACUCGUUGUACAUAAUAGUGAUUAUUUUUUUAAUCGAGUAAAAGGUCCAAAUUAGUGUUACAAAGAAGCAUCCGAGGAAGCGUCUUGGGAGUUCGGCUGAAUUGAGCAAGAUUGUUGCAGAGAUGCGUUGAGAGUAGCCUACUGAGGGAGUAAGCGCAAUUUGUUUCCCCAGUAGACGGACGGUAAGAAGCUCUUAAAAUGUGAUAAACGAAAGAUUUGCUAUAUAAAUCCAAACUUAUAAAACCGAAAUGAAAAUAAACAAUCAAUAAACUUGUAUUCAAAGGGCGAGAAGAGCAAACUUUUCCCCUCGGCAAAAGCGACAAGGAAAAAGCUCCCAUUUGUUCGUAACUAAUUUAAAUUUUAAUUUGUUCCUCUCACUCUGUCGUCGUGAAUUUCCUUUCCCCGUUCAAAACACACCUAGAGCAGAG